UCCCUGGUAACUCUCAGCUCGCGUGGUCAGCACCAGCGAAACGACAGGACGAUCCGGAGUGUUAGCAGCGGCCGAAUGAUCCAUGGAAGCACGUCAGUCACUAGCUUAAAGUCCUCACCCACCCGCGCCCACCAGUCACCAGUCAUCGCCACCGCGCGGCAGGAGGAGCAGCAGCCAGUCGUCGGCAGAGGCAUGGCGCCGCUCAGCAGCUCCGGCGUGCUCCGGCGACUCCGAGCGCAAGCCACGCCGCGGCUGCUCACCGUCUUGCUCGCCGUUGUCGUCGGCGUCGCGCCAAGGAGCGCCUCCGCGAUCACCAGGCGUGACUUCCCGGAGGGGUUCGUCUUCGGCGCUGGGUCCUCGGCUUUCCAGGUGGAAGGAGCUGCUGCAGAGGAUGGAAGGGCACCCAGCAUUUGGGACACCUUCACCCAUGAAGGUUACUCGUACGAUGGAUCCACCGCUGAUGUUUCGGCAGAUCAGUAUCACCACUACAAGGAAGACGUAAAGCUUAUGCAUGCGAUGGGUUUAGACGCGUACAGAUUCUCGAUUGCUUGGCCCAGGCUUAUUCCCGAUGGAAGAGGAGAGAUCAACGCAAAAGGCUUGGAAUACUACAACAAUCUCGUAGACGAACUGAUACUGCACGGGAUUCAGCCUCAUGCCACCAUCUACCAUUUUGAUCUUCCUCAGGUACUUCAGGAUGAAUACGGUGGACUCCUCAGCCCCAGAUUCAUAGAAGAUUACACUGCAUUUGCAGAAGUCUGCUUCAAGCACUUCGGGGACAGGGUGAAGCACUGGGUCACCCUCAACGAGCCCAACAUAGAGCCCAUCGGCAGCUACGACCAAGGCUCCCAGCCGCCACGCCGCUGCUCCUAUCCGUUCGGCAAGAACUGCACCGGCGGCGACUCGUCGACGGAGCCGUACAUCGCCGCGCACCACCUCCUGCUCGCUCACGCCUCUGCAGUGUCCUUAUACAGGAACAAGUACCAGCCCAUUCAGGGAGGCCAGAUAGGGAUCACUCUCCUGGGCUGGUGGCACGAGCCUGCCACCAACACGUCAGAGGACGCAGCUGCUGCGUCGAGGAUGAACGACUUCCACAUCGGAUGGUUCAUGCAUCCGUUGGUGUACGGGGACUACCCGCCGGUGAUGCGGAGCAGGGUGGGCGACCGGCUGCCGCGUCUUUCCGCGGAGGAGUCGGCGAGAGCGCGCGGGUCCUUCGACUUCGUCGGCUUCAACCACUACCUCAUCCUACGGGUCCGAUCGUCCGCGGAGGAGGAGGAAUUGAAGGACUACUACGUCGAUGCGGGCGUUCAGAAUCCACUCCUGGCCAUCACGGAGGGCCGCGUCGAGUCUCCUCCAUGGGCGCUGGGGAAGCUGCUGGAGCACCUGAAGGUGAACUACGGCAACCCUCCCGUCGUCAUCCAUGAAAAUGGACUAGGAGACUCCCCCGAAUCGCGAGGCCCGAUCGAGUACGACGACGAGUACAGGUCCGAGUUCCUGCAGAACUACCUGGAGGUGCUCUACCAGUCCAUACGGAACGGGUCGGACGCGCGGGGUUACUUCGUGUGGUCGUUCCUGGACGUGUUCGAGUUCAUCUUCGCCUACAGGCUGCGCUUCGGCCUGUGCGGCGUCGACAUGCGCGCCGCGGCGCGGACGCGGUACGCGCGGAGCUCCGCGCGCUGGUACGCCGGCUUCCUCCGCGGCGGCGAGCUCCGGCCGCCGGCUCGCUCCGACAGGGCGUACUACGUCGCGUGACGAGUUAAAUGAUUUAGAGAUCGAGGGGUCCAUUCGACUGUUCGAGAAUAAGAAGAGAUCGUGUAGGCAUGUACCAUGUCCAUGUCUGAUGUCCGAAGUGUUAAGCAAAACGUGUUGGUGCACGACUACUCAGGUGUAGCGCACGACAAUCCUGGUUGAGGUAUGAUGCAAGGUAAGGAUAAGGUUCCAAGACAUAAGAGUCCUAGAGUAUUGUAACGUCCUUGUAACAGAUCAGGAGAUAGAUAGAGAUAGGAUGGUUUAACCGUAUGCUUGAAAGACGAGCUGCUCCAUGUAAUUGUGACAGUCUCCGGCACUAUAUAAAUACAAAACCAUGAGAUGUGAGUUUGCUAA